UUAAAACCCCUUAAAAUGAUGAAUUCCCCAAUUUCUUCUUUAAUUCUUGUAAUUUUUAUUCAAAUGAAUUUUGACGGAUCCAAGGGAGAUUUUGGUAAUGGAAUAAAUAAUUUACCAUUUGGACCUACCGAAGGAGGAUUGGAACGUGGAGGAUAUGAAAGAGGGAGAGGAUUUAAUGGAGGAAAUGAAUUCCCUGGAGGAGAAGGAUUUGGAAGAGGACAAGAAGAAGGUGGAGGAUAUGAAAGAGGUGGAUUUAAUGGAGGGAUUGGAAGUGGAGGAGGAAGAGAAUUUGGAGGAGAAGAAAAAUUUAGAGGAGGACUAAAUGAAGAAGAAAAUAGAGAUGUACCGAACUUUCAAGAAGGUGGACGAUUUAAAAGAGGACUAGGAGGCGAUGGAUUUAAUGGAGGUUUUAAUGGAAGAGGAGAGAGAAGACGAGGAAAUGGUGGAAUUGGAAGUGAAGGAACUGAAGAAGAAUUUAAUAAUAAAGGAGGUGAAGGAGGGAACCAAGGAAGAGGAUUUGGAGGAGGUCCAAUAGGAGGUGAAUUUAAUCGAGGAAGUUUGGAAGGAGGAAAUUUAGGAGGACAGAGAGGACAAAUUCCGUCAGGUGCAAGGCCCCAAAGACAUGUUGGAUUUAAUGGGCAUCACCAUCACGGCAAUCACCAUCAUGGACAUCACCACAAAACAUCAACUACACCUAUAACUACAACUUAUUGA